CCCUCCCGGCUUCACCACAGAAGAACGCGAGGCCCUGAGGCCCCCAGCCCAGCCAUGGCCCCCUGGCGCAAAACUGACAAGGAGCGGCACGGUGUGGCUAUAUACAACUUCCAAGGAAAUGGAGCCCCCCAGCUCAACCUGCAGAUUGGUGAUGUAGUGAGAAUACAGGAGACCUGUGGAGACUGGUAUAGGGGAUAUCUCAUGAAGCAUAAAAUGUUACAGGGCAUUUUCCCCACGUCCUUUAUCCACAUCAAGGAAGUGACAGUGGAGAAAAGAAGAAAUACUGAGAACAUUAUUCCAGCGGAAAUUCCUCUGGCACAAGAAGUGACAACGACACUUUGGGAAUGGGGGAACAUCUGGAAACAGCUCUAUGUGGCCAGCAAAAAGGAACGCUUUCUCCAGGUGCAAUCCAUGAUGUAUGAUCUGAUGGAGUGGAGGUCCCAGCUCCUCUCAGGAACUCUGCCCAAGGAUGAACUCAAGGAAUUGAAGCAGAAAGUCACAUCCAAAAUCGACUAUGGCAACAGAAUCCUUGAGCUUGAUCUGAUUGUCAGAGAUGAAGAUGGAAACAUCUUGGACCCUGAUAAUACCAGCGUCAUCAGCUUGUUCCAUGCACACGAGGAGGCCACAGAGAAAAUCACAGAGCGUAUCAAGGAAGAAAUGUCAAAGGACCAACCAGACUAUGGAAUGUAUUCCCGAAUAUCCUCAUCCCCCACUCACAGCCUCUAUGUCUUUGUGAGAAAUUUUGUGUGCAGAAUUGGGGAAGAUGCCGAGCUCUUCAUGUCUCUCUAUGAUCCCAACAAGCAAAUGGUCAUAAGUGAGAACUACCUGGUACGAUGGGGGAGUAGGGGCUUCCCAAAGGAGAUUGAGAUGCUCAACAAUCUGAAGGUGGUCUUCACGGACCUUGGAAACAAAGAUCUCAACAGGGAUAAGAUUUACUUGAUUUGCCAAAUAGUCCGAGUUGGGAAGAUGGAUCUGAAAGAUACUAACACAAAGAAAUGCACACAGGGACUGAGGAGGCCCUUUGGGGUGGCAGUUAUGGACAUAACAGACAUCAUCAAGGGGAAAGCAGAAAGUGAUGAAGAAAAGCAGCACUUUAUUCCUUUUCACCCGGUCACAGCUGAGAAUGACUUUCUACACACCUUGCUGGGCAAAGUGAUAGCUUCCAAGGGAGACAGUGGAGGGCAAGGUCUGUGGGUGACCAUGAAGAUGCUGGUGGGUGACACCAUUCAGAUCCGCAAGGAUUACCCACACCUGGUGGACAGGACCACUGUGGUAGCCAGGAAACUGGGCUUCCCUGAGAUCAUCAUGCCAGGGGAUGUCAGGAACGACAUCUACAUUACCCUCUUACAAGGUGACUUUGACAAGUACAACAAGACCACACAGAGGAAUGUGGAAGUGAUCAUGUGUGUGUGUGCAGAGGAUGGCAAAACGCUGCCCAAUGCAAUUUGUGUGGGUGCUGGGGACAAGCCCAUGAAUGAGUAUCGCUCUGUCGUGUACUAUCAAGUCAAACAGCCACGCUGGAUGGAAACUGUCAAGGUGGCUGUCCCUAUUGAAGACAUGCAGAGGAUCCACCUAAGAUUCAUGUUUCGACACCGGUCAUCCCUGGAAUCUAAAGACAAAGGAGAAAAAAACUUUGCCAUGUCUUAUGUGAAACUGAUGAAAGAAGAUGGAACCACUCUGCAUGAUGGAUGCCAUGACCUCGUUGUCCUCAAGGGAGACAGCAAGAAGAUGGAGGAUGCCAGUGCAUACCUGACUCUGCCUUCUUAUCGACAUCAUGUGGAAAACAAGGGGGCCACCUUGAGCCGGAGCUACAGCAGUGUUGGGGGUCUCUCUGUCAGUUCUCGGGAUGUGUUCUCCAUUUCCACCCUGGUGUGUUCCACCAAGCUCACCCAGAAUGUGGGCUUGCUGGGUUUGCUGAAGUGGCGAAUGAAGCCUCAACUUCUACAGGAGAAUUUAGAGAAGCUGAAGAUUGUGGAUGGAGAGGAAGUGAUGAAGUUUCUUCAGGACACUCUGGAUGCCCUGUUCAACAUCAUGAUGGAGCAUUCUCAAAGUAAUGAGUAUGACAUCCUCGUCUUUGAUGCUUUGAUCUACAUAGUAGGACUCAUUGCAGACAGGAAAUUCCAGCAUUUCAACACAGUCCUGGAGGCUUACAUUCAACAGCAUUUCAGUGCUACAUUGGCUUACAAGAAGUUGAUGACGGUGUUGAAGACUUAUUUGGAUACCUCCAGCAGAGGGGAGCAAUGUGAGCCGAUCCUAAGGACUCUGAAAGCUUUGGAGUAUGUGUUUAAGUUCAUCGUUCGGUCCAGGACAUUAUUUUCACAGCUUUAUGAAGGCAAAGAACAGAUGGAAUUUGAAGAAUCCAUGAGACGGCUCUUUGAAUCCAUCAACAACCUGAUGAAAAGUCAUUAUAAAACCACCAUCCUUUUGCAGGUGGCGGCUUUGAAAUACAUCCCCUCUGUCCUCCACGAUGUGGAAACCGUCUUUGAUGCGAAGUUACUCAGCCAACUCUUGUAUGAGUUCUAUACCUGCAUCCCUCCUGUGAAACUGCAGAAGCAGAAGGUACAGUCCAUGAAUGAGAUUGUCCAGAGCAACCUCUUUAAAAAGCAAGAAUGCCGGGACAUUCUGCUUCCUGUCAUCACCAAAGAGCUGAAGGAGCUGUUGGAACCAAAGGAUGAGGUGCAGCACCAGGCCCUGGAGAAGAAGUACUGCGUGGAAUUGCUCAACAGCAUCUUGGAGGUCCUUAGCUCCCAGGAUGUGGCCUUCACCUACCAUCACAUUCAAGAGAUCAUGGUCCAGCUGCUUCGCACCGUGAACCGAACAGUAAUCACCAUGGGCCGGGAUCAUGUCCUGAUUAGUCACUUUGUGGCAUGCAUGACAGCCAUCUUAGACCAGAUGGGUGACCAACACUAUUCCUUCUAUAUUGAGACCUUCCAGACCAGCUCAGACCUUGUGGAUUUCUUGAUGGAGACCUUCAUCAUGUUCAAGGACCUCAUUGGGAAAAAUGUGUACCCCGGAGACUGGAUGGCCAUGAGUAUGGUGCAGAACAGGGUCUUCCUGAGAGCUAUCAACAAAUUUGCAGAAACCAUGAACCAGAAGUUUCUGGAACAUACGAACUUUGAGUUCCAGCUGUGGAACAACUAUUUUCAUCUGGCAGUGGCUUUUAUCACACAGGAUUCUCUGCAGCUGGAGCAGUUCUCACACGCCAAGUACAACAAAAUCCUGAAUAAGUAUGAGGACAUGAGACGACUAAUUGGCUUCUCCAUUCGUGAUAUGUGGUACAAGCUUGGCCACAACAAAAUCCGCUUCAUCCCAGGCAUGGUGGGACCUAUAUUAGAGAUGACACUUAUCCCUGAGGCUGAGCUUCGGAAAGCCACCAUACCAAUAUUCUUCGACAUGAUGCUGUGUGAAUAUCAAAGGAGUGGUGAUUUCAAAAAGUUUGAGAAUGAAAUCAUCCUGAAGCUGGACCAUGAGGUGGAAGGGGGCCGAGGGGAUGAGCAAUACAUGCAGCUCCUGGAAUCAAUCCUGAUGGAGUGUGCUGCAGAGCACCCAACAAUCGCCAAGUCUGUGGAGAACUUUGUGAACCUGGUCAAAGGUCUCCUGGAGAAGCUGCUGGAUUACCGGGAUGUGAUGACAGAUGAGAGCAAAAAUAACCGCAUGAGUUGCACUGUGAACCUGCUGAAUUUCUACAAAGAUAACAACCGGGAAGAGAUGUACAUAAGGUACCUCUACAAACUCCGUGAUCUUCACCUGGAUUGUGACAAUUACACAGAGGCUGCCUACACGCUGCUUCUUCACACCUGGCUUCUCAAGUGGUCAGAUGAGCAGUGUGCAUCACAGGUCAUGCAGACUGGACAUCAGCACCCCCAGACCCACCGGCAGCUGAAAGAGUCGCUCUAUGAGACCAUCAUAGGCUACUUUGAUAAAGGAAAGAUGUGGGAAGAGGCCAUUAGUCUGUGCAAGGAACUGGCCGAACAGUAUGAGAUGGAGAUCUUCGACUAUGAGCUGCUCAGCCUGAACCUGAAUCAGCAGGCAAAAUUCUAUGAAAAUAUCAUGAAAAUCCUCAGGCCCAAACCAGACUACUUUGCUGUUGGAUACUAUGGUCAGGGAUUCCCCACCUUUCUGCGGAACAAAGUGUUCAUCUACCGUGGGAAGGAGUAUGAGCGGAGGGAAGACUUCCAGAUGCAGCUCAUGAGCCAGUUCCCCAAUGCAGAGAAGAUGAACACGACCUCUGCUCCUGCUGAUGAUGUGAAGAAUGCCCCAGGCCAGUACAUCCAGUGUUUCACUGUCCAACCUGUCUUGGAUGAACACCCCAGAUUCAAGAACAAGCCAGUGCCUGAUCAGAUCAUAAACUUUUACAAAUCCAACUACGUGCAAAGGUUCCACUACUCCCGCCCUGUGCGCAAGGGGACCAUAGACCCUGAGAACGAGUUUGCUUCAAUGUGGAUCGAGAGGACCUCCUUUAUGACUGCAUACAAGCUGCCAGGCAUCCUGCGCUGGUUCGAGGUGGUUCAUAUGUCACAGACCACAAUUAGCCCCCUGGAAAAUGCCAUUGAAACCAUGUCCACAGCCAAUGAGAAGAUAUUGAUGAUGAUAAACCAGUACCAGAAUGAUGAGAGCCUCCCCAUCAACCCGCUGUCCAUGCUCCUGAAUGGAAUUGUAGACCCUGCUGUCAUGGGCGGUUUCGCCAAGUAUGAAAAGGCUUUCUUCACUGAAGACUACACCAGGGAACACCCUGAGGACCAGGACAAGCUGAGCCAUCUCAAGGACCUGAUUGCAUGGCAGAUCCCCUUCCUAGGAGCUGGGAUUAAGAUCCAUGAGAAAAGGGUAUCUGACAACCUGCGGCCUUUCCACGACCGGAUGGAGGAAUGUUUCAAGAACCUGAAAGUGAAAGUAGAGAAGGAAUAUGGUGUCCGAGAAAUGCCCGACUUUGAUGACAGGAGAGUUGGCCGGCCCAGGUCCAUGCUGCGCUCCUACAGGCAGAUGUCCAUCAUCUCUCUGGCUUCCAUGAAUUCUGACUGCAGCACUCCAAGCAAGGCUACCUCUGACAACUUCGACCUGGAACUCAUACCACCCAAGACUCCAAAAGCUGAGCAGGAGGAGCCCAUUUCCCCAGGAAGCACCCUGCCUGAGGUCAAGCUGCGGCGGUCUAAGAAGAGGACAAAGAGAAGCAGUGUGGUAUUUGCAGAUGAGAAAGCUGCCGGGGAUUCAGACUUGAAGCGGCUCUCUAGGAAGCAUGAGUUCAUGAGUGACACCAACCUCUCGGAGCACAUGGCCAUCCCCCACAGGAUGUCCAUCCUCUCUCAGAUGAGUUUUGCCAGCCAGUCCAUGCCCACCAUCCCAGCCCUCACUCUCUCUGUGGCAGGUGGGACAGGACUGGACGAAGCCAGCACAUCUCCCCGCCUCAGCCAGACCUUCCUUUGCCCCUCAGACAGUGACAAGAAGACGCUAACAAGGAAGAAAGUCAAUCAGUUCUUCAAAACCAUGCUGGCCAGCAAAUCUCCUGAAGAAAGCAAACAGAUCCCAGAUUUCCUGUCCACUGACCUGUAAGAUGCUGCAGACCAGAACAACAUAAGGACUGCCAGGGAAGGGCAUUUCCGGAAGGGAAGCAUGGCCGCAACGUAAGAGCCUCAAGGAAUAGAGAAACUGCCCCCAGAAAUUGUCGUCACCUAGAAGAGAUAGAGGUGAUUGAGUUCUAGAAUUGGUGGCAUAAAGUAUGGCCUCACCUAUUGCAGCCUCAGGGUGGUAGAUGACCCAGGGGAUAAAGAAGCCCCAGCCUGGCUUCUUGGACCGAAGAGGAGCCAGCAAGUUCCUUGCAUGCUCUCCCUAGUAUCCUAGGCAAUCUUUUCAAAAUCCAGUUUCUUAGGUACAAGGAGCUGUGUUUUUAUUUCAUUGUCUAAAUCCUAGCACUUAACAGAACAGAAAAGCUUUUAAUUAUUCUUAUUUUUAGUUAACAGUUUUAUACUUUACAUUUUUUUAAUACAACCA